UACAACACUUUCAACAGCUGAUCACAUUAAAUAAAGAAAUUAAAAGUUUUCGCGAAAUUUUCUUUAUUUUCCGUCGCCCACUUUUAUUAACACAAUAAAGAUUCAAUUGUUACAAAAAUUAAUGGAGUACAAGAGAUUAUUUAUAUUUACAAUACUAUUGGCAACAUGUUUUUUAAUUGGCGUGACAUGGGCUGACAAUGCCACACAAACAAAUGGAACGGAGAUAAAGGUACAGAAGCCAGCUUUGGUUAGUAGUACUGCUGAACCACCCAUAGUUAAGGUAUUAACUAAAUCGGAACUUCCAGUAGCCAAUACAACGACAGCUCCCAAAUGCGUGUGCGAUGGGGCACUAUUACCACGUUUGGGAGAAAACGGUAAGGCUUUGGAAAUCUGCCCAGAAUGUAAAUGUAAACAUGAAGCCCGUAAUACUACCUUAAUUAAGGUCGUUGUAAUAAUUGUUAUUUGGAUUAUAUCCAUACUAGUGAUAUACAUGCUUUUCCUUAUGUGCCUGGAUCCGCUGUUAAACAAACGUGUCAAGGCCAACUAUCAGGAGCACACCAAUGAAGAUGAUGAUACCACUACUGCUUCUCCUUCUAUGCCUUCUACAGCAAAUCAAGAACUUAAUGCUCGAGCCAAUGUUCUUAAUCGGGUGGGUCAUCAACAGGACAAAUGGAAGAGACAAGUGCGUGAACAACGUCGUCACAUCUACGAUAGACGUACCAUGCUUAAUUAAAAAAUGACAUUAUUUGAAAGGCAUUUUGCUUAAGAAUUGGUGGCGGUUUAGAUACAAAAAUCACGCCUUUUUAAAAAAAAUAUUUUAUUGCUUAUAAUUAUUAUUAUAUUAUGUAUUAGAAACCCAUAUUAGUUUCAUUUAUUGCUAUAUUUAUCAAAGUUUUUUCUUUCUUAUUUUCUUUGCUUUUAUCAAAUUGUAAAUUUUGUCAUUAUUUUGCAAAUUGAACCCCAUCUUGGUUUAGGAUCUCGUAUCAUUUGAAUGAAUGUAAUUAGUAUUGAUUUUAUUUGUUUGUUUUCACUUUAUCCUUUUUCUAUAUUUUGUAUUUGUCUUUAGAUAUUCUCAAACAUACCAAUAUUUGAAAGAUACUUUAUUAAUUUAAUUAAUUAGGAUUAAAAUCAUAAAUUAUCAUGUGGAGAACAAAAUUUAAUAAACGAAAUUAUAAUUAUAUUAAAAUUA